AUGGCUCCAAUGAUCAUAUCGGAAAAGCCCAGCGAGGGCUCCUGGAGUCAGACGGCUUCGAUGCCGCCUUCACCUGUCUCCAGGUCCAAAGAACCCCUAGCCAUUUGCGGUCUUGCGUGUCGACUACCAGGAGAUUCGUCGUCACCGCGGGACUUUUGGGAUCUCCUUGCCAAUGGAAGAUCUGGAAAAGGCGAGGUUCCCAAGUCGCGCUUCAACGUCGAUGGCUUCUAUCAUCCAAAUGGAAGCGAUCGGCCUGGAAGCAUGAUGACCAAGGGGGGUUAUUUCCUCAACGAGGAUACACGCCAGUUCGAAAACAGCAUGUUCGGCAUCAACAACCUCGAAGCCACCUAUAUGGAUCCCCAGCAACGGAAGUUGCUCGAAGUCGUCUUUGAAUGCCUUGAAAACGCAGGCGUACCACUUGAUGUCGCCUCGGGCUCCAACACAGGUUGCUACGUCGGGAAUUUCACCUUUGACUAUCUGGUAAUGCAGAGCCGCGAUGCCGACUACCUCACUCGUUAUAAUUCAACGGGCAUGGGCACUUCCAUUCUAGGGAACCGCAUCAGCCACGUCUUCAACUUGAAGGGCCCAAGCCUUGUCAUAGAUACUGCCUGCUCGUCAUCGCUAUAUUGCCUACACGUAGCAUGUGUUGCACUUGAGAAUUACGAGUGCGAUGCUGCCAUUGUCGCAGGCGCCAACCUCAUCCAGUCUGUCGAACAGCACAUUGGUACCAUGAAAGCUGGGGUCCUAUCCCCUACGUCAGAAUGCCACACCUUCGAUGCUUCUGCAGAUGGUUAUGGCCGAGCGGAGGGAAUUGGUGCUCUUUACGUAAAGCGAUUGAGCGAUGCCCUCCGAGAUGGAGAUGCGAUCCGGAGUGUGAUCAAGGGAUCUGCAAUCAACGCAAACGGCAAGACGGCGGGAAUUAGUCUUCCUAGUGCCGACGGCCAAGAAGCAGUAAUCCGAAAAGCCAUGCACAAGGCUUCGCUGAGUCCAAAUGACAUCACAUAUGUUGAAUGCCACGGUACCGGCACCAAGGUUGGAGAUGCCAUUGAGGUAGAAGCGCUCAAUCGUGUCUUUCAGCGUCCAUUGGAUAGACCCCUCUUCAUUGGCUCAGUAAAAUCCAACAUUGGCCAUUCAGAGGCUGCGAGUGGUAUUGCAGGUGUCAUCAAGUCUACUCUAGCUCUAGAGAAACGCCUUAUUCCCCCUACCUACGGCCUAAAGAAGCUGAACCCCAAGUUGGAGCCCUUCAAAGAUAGCAUCUCUAUCCCCACAGAGCUCAUUUCGUGGCCCGGCGAUAAAGAAUGUAUACGAAGAAUUGGCAUUAACUCGUUUGGCUACGGCGGUGCUAAUGCGCAUGUCAUUCUUGAGGAGGGUACUCAUCUCCCUCGUCCCUCUCCAGAACGCCUGUUCGUGCCACAGUCAUCUGUCAUUCUUCCGCUUUCUGCGGCGACCAUGGCCUCCCUUGAGGCGCGUGCCAGCGAUCUUGCUAGGCAUGAAUUUGGGGACACAACCAUUUUGGACCUGGCUUACACGCUCGGGUCUCGACGCACGAAUUUCCGAACGCGCGGUUUCUUGGUUGCAAAGACGGCAAUGAAUCUCAACGACGUAUUCACCUCACAAAUGUUGACGACAGGGGUGGCACCAUCGCAGAGUGUACCCCCACCCUUAGCUUUUGUCUUCACUGGGCAAGGAUCACAGUGGCCGGGCAUGUGCAAAGAGCUAUUCGAAAUUCCAGCCUUCCGUAACGCCAUAGCAGAAAUGGACUCGACGUUGAAAACAAUCCCGCACGUUCCGACAUGGUCGCUACGUGAAGCCAUUCUGGACACGGAGAACCCGGAUCUGAUUCACACUCCCCAACGGUCCCAGCCUUGCUGUACCGCAAUCCAAGUAGCGCUGGUGCAGCUACUGGCAUCGUGGAACGUGGUACCAGAUACGGCAGUCGGACAUUCCUCAGGCGAGAUCGCCGCCGCCUUUGCAGCAGGUCACAUUACGGCAGCUGAAGCCAUCGUUAUAGCUUACUAUCGCGGCUUUUGCGUCUCCAAGAGCGUUCAGGAAGGAGCGAUGAUGGCUGUCGGGCUCUCCGAAGAAGCAGUCAACGAUAAAAUUACAGAAAACGGGCUCCAGGAGAAGGUCCGAGUUGCCUGUGUCAACUCGCCUGACGGUGUAACCGUCUCUGGCGAUUGCGAGGCCAUUGACAAACUCUUAACUACGCUGGAAAAGGAUGGAACCUUCGCCAGGAAACUGAAGACGGGUGGACAGGCAUACCAUUCCCACCACAUGCUGCCCCUGGGCGAAGAAUACGAAAGCCUCCUGGACCGAGUUCUACCAACCCUUGUACCUUCCUAUAGGAUGGCCCAGAACGUAAUGGUCCUAUCUUCGGUAACGGCAGAGCACAAAUUGUCGGGCUUCAAUAGCCGCUACUGGCGCAGUAACCUUGACCGCCAAGUACGGUUCAAGCAAGCCAUUCAAGCCCUUCACGCGCACGCACACCACACAUUUGUCGAACUGGGUCCUCAUUCCUCCCUUGAGCUUCCUGUCAAGCAGACGCUCGCCGACUUGGCCGUGUCAGGAGACCAGGUCCGGUAUUUUGCACCCGUCAAACGUAACGGAGAGGCUCUAUCCAGCGCACUAGGGCUGGCAGGAAAUCUAUGGCUCAUUGGCUACGCCAUCGACUGGACGCUAGUCAAUGGACUGCGUGGCUUGACAAAGUCGGUUGCGUCUUCGUUCAGCGUUGUUACUGAUCUUCCACGCUACCGGUUCAGGUACGAUGAAGUUCUCUGGAACGAAGGCCGUGCCAGCCUCGAGUAUCGCCAGCGCAAGCAUCCUCGUCAUGAGUUACUCGGUUCGCUCAUCCCCGGUGGGAACGGAGACGACCUUGUAUUUCGAAACUUUUUGCGAGUGGAUGACAUUGCCUGGCUCAAGGAUCAUAAGCUGGAGGACACAAUCGUCUUUCCUGGCGCUGGCUAUCUUUGUACCGCCAUGGAAGCCGUCAUGCAGGCUGCCGAUAUAACAUUGUCGGGGAAACCGUCUUUCUGCUUCUCCAAUGUCCAUAUUUUGAAGGCACUUGUUUUGUCCGAAGAUGCGGCGGCUAAAACCGAGAUGUUCACCUCGCUUCGUAAAUCAGCCAUUACAAACGCGACGACCUCAUCCCUCUGGUGGGAUUUCAGCAUCUCCACUUACCACAAUGAUACUUCGAUAGCGCAUGCGAAGGGUAGCAUAUGUAUUUCAACGGGCGACACGUUCAUGGAGCCCAAGUACGAAGCUCCAAAUGCUUGCCUUGAGCCAACGGCAAAACGCACUUGGUAUGACCGCUUUCUCAGAAGUGGUUUGAACUAUGGGCCGGCUUUCCAGCCUGUUUCAGAGUUUUUGACGCCAAGCAUGAAGGAUGCUUCAUCUAGCGGUGCAAAAUUGCAACUGCGGACGACCUAUGGCGACGAGCUGGCCGUCUAUCCUGUCCACCCAACAACGCUCGACGCGAUGCUGCAAACGGCCAUUGUGGCGACGACAAAGGGCCUUCCAGCAAACCUAAAUGCCAAAGUUCCCACUCGAUUCGGAUCCAUCGUGCUGAACACAACCGCAGACGGGCCAUGCCAGAUCAACGCACAUGCCCGAGUUACUGGUUUUGGCUCCGCUGAAAUCGGCUGCGAGAUUAUGAACCCGGCUGGUGGCAUAGCGGUUCAAUUAAACGAAGUGCGCCUUAGCCCUUAUGCAACCGGUGCACAAGAGAAUACGGCUGGAGAGCGCCAUCCUAUGCUACGAGUUCUCUGGAAACCAGACCUGUAUGGGCUUGGCUUGAUGAACGUACAGGACGCGCAGGUCCACAUGGAUAACUUCGUUGCAGAAGCAGAUUCACCGCUGGAAGACGAUAGCAUCAUACGUCUCGGUGCCAUGCUUGAUCUAGCCGUCCACAAAAACCCGAGAGUGCGCAUCCUGGAGCUAGGCAAUGAUAUUCAUGAUAUCAGUCUGGCCGUGCUCGACCUCCUCGCAUCCAAGAGUGAGUUCAAGCGUUUUUCAAGCUAUACGACGGCCUCGUUCAGCGAUGAUGGCAGUCUCCGUGGAAACCUCGUCGAUUUGGAGAUAGGCGAACGCUCAGAGCCGGGAGCUUUGGAGGGUCAGGAGUAUCAGGUCAUCUUGAUACCCGUUGCAGGGCCUUGGUUAGCACAUUAUAUGGACAAGAUUCGGGAUUUGCUCACAGAGGAUGGAACUGUUCUCGCGCUAUGUCCCGGUUCGACCUCCGAAGCCUUCACCUCCAGCAGUCUACCCUCGAUUGCAUACCACAUUCAUGAAGGGGCGUCAUCAGUUGUCGUCGCUAGAAAGCCAGUCGCUCAGUCAAACACCUUUGCGCCACACAACCAUAGGAUUUUGAUUGUAGACCGAGAAGAACAAUCCAAGUUGGGCUCGGCCCUGGAAGCCACACUAAAGAGCAACGGAAGCACCCAGGUGCACCACGUGCUACUGUACGAACUCGGCCAAAAGGACAUAUCUGCAGGAGACAUCGUUUUCAACCUCGCGGAGAUUCGGAAGCCUUUGCUCUCCACCAUAACGGACGAAGACAUGGGCCGAGUCAAGCUUAUGACGGAUAAUGCGCACUCGAUUGUAUGGGUCACCAAAGGCAACAUCACCGAGGGUGGGCUGCCUGACAUGGCGCUUGUUUCUGGCCUGGCACGGGCUCUCGUUCUCGAGCAACCGUCUUUGAAAAUUUACACCUACGAUCUCGACACCUGCGAGUCUGACGUCGACGUCACCGCCCAGCGCCUCCUGUCUCUUUUGAAUCAAGCAAGCCGCUCCCCUGAUUUUGAGUUCGCUCAGCGCCGCAACGUCAUCCACGUUAGCCGCUUCGCCCCGGACGAGGGACUCAAUGCCGAGUUUCGGUCCAAACAGGGCCUCCACACUACGCAAAUGGCUCUGAAGAAUGCAGGCAAUGUGCGUUUGGACAUCAAGAAUGUGGGUCAGUUUGAUACGUUGUACUACAAACAACAGGAAGACAGCCGGUCGCUAUCACCCAGCCAUGUGCUACUCCAGGUUACGUCUGCGGGACUGAAUGCAAAGGACUUUUACCUUUUCGGUGGCAAGGUUGAAGUGCCCAAUGCCACAUCUUCCAAUGAAUACACCGGCAUUGUCGUUGAUGUCGGUGCCGAAGUGACUGGAUUCGCACAUGGAGACCGUGUGGUAGUAAUGGCGCCCUCGCACUUCCAGACGUACCAAUCCGUUCCGCACUGGGCUUGCCAUAAGCUGGAAGAGACAGAUGACUUGGAUGUAUGCGCAACACUGCCUGUCGUCUAUUCGACGGCCAUUUACGCACUCGAAUAUCGUGCCCGCCUGCAGAGAGGAGAGACUGUCCUCAUCCAUUGCGGUGCCGGUGGCGUUGGCAUGGCAGCUAUCCAGGUUGCACAACAAGCUGGAGCCGAGGUAUUCACGACGGUAUCGACCAAGGAAAAGGAAGAUUACCUAGUGCAAACCUUCGGCAUCAAGCCGUCUAACAUCUUCAGUUCCCGCGGUACUUCAUUCCUCGAAGGCGUCCUCAGCGCAACAAACAACCGCGGCGUGGACGUCGUUCUCAACUCGCUCACGGGAGACCAGCUUCAUGCGGCAUGGCGAUGCACGGCUGUGGGCGGUCGCUUCGUCGAGAUCGGCAAGCUGGAUCUCGCCACAGCCGGUCGCCUUGAAAUGGACCAGUUCCUGAAGAAUACAACCUUCACUGCCUUCGACCUGGCACAUCUGUACAAUUCCGACAGUGAGGCCCUGAGUUCCGCUUGGACCGAGUUACUUCGACGUACCAUGGAGUUCUAUCGCAGUGGUAAGAUGGCUGAAUUCAAUACGCUCAAGGUAUUCGACAUCGAGGAUGCAACACAGGCCUUCCGCUUCUUCUCAUCGCGCACGCGCAUGGGCAAGGUGGCUAUCAAUAUGCAAAAUCCCCAGUCCAAGCUUCCUGUACAACGAUUGAAGCACGAGACGCAGUUUGAUAGCAAUAAGAGCUAUAUCAUGGUGGGAUGCUUGGGUGGGCUGGGUCGCACGCUGACACGGUGGAUGUUGCAACGCGGAGCCAGGAAGUUUGCCUUUCUUGGUCGAUCCGGUCUGGACAAGCCCGCCGCGCGCAAGCUCGUUCGAGAUGUCGAGGUUGCCGGAGGAGAGUGCGUCGUCAUCAGGGGCGAUGUCUGCAAGGAAGAAGACGUAGCGGCCCUUGUGAAUGAGACGAUGGGGGAUAUUGGCGGCGUGGUGCAGGCGGCCAUGGGAUUAAAUGAAGCCCUCUUCACUUCCAUGCCAAAUGCAUACUGGCACACCGGAAUCGACCCCAAGGUCCAGGGGACAUGGCAUCUGCACCGCUGCUUGCGCGCAUCUGGGCGUGACAAGAACCUCGACUUCUUUCUCCUGACAUCUUCGGUUUCGGGAAGCGUAGGAACGGCAACCGAAUCAAAUUAUUGCGCCGGCAACUACUUCCUAGACCUGUUUGCACGUUAUCGGCGCGCUCAAGGCCUACCUGCCAUGUCGGUCGGUCUGGGUAUGAUCUCGGGGGCUGGAUACCUGCACGAGAAUCCAGAGAUCGAGGCUUUGCUGCUCCGCAAAGGCAUCCAGGCCAUUGACGAGGACGAACUGUUGCAAAUCCUCGACAUUGCUUUGAGCAACAAUACGUUGGAUGGUAUCCACCACCCACAUGACAAGGGCGCUGAGCGGCAUAUCCUCACCGGCCUCGAGCCCAUCGGCCUAAAAGAGCUUCGGAAAAAGGGCUUCGAAGGCACAAACCCAACGCUGGAUGACCCACGCGCAAGCCUACUGUCCAGCGCACUCGACGGCCAGGACGACGUGCUACGCCAGGCACACGCCGGCGACCUCCCUGCACCCAUCACCGAGGCCUUGGAAGCCGGGCAGUCGCUAGCCGACGCGCUGCUCAACUUCAUCCGCCGCCGCUUCGGUAACCUCACUCUCCUCAAGUACGACUCGGUCGAUGUGCGCUGCCCGUUUGCAAACUAUGGUAUGGAUAGCAUGAUUGCGGCUGAGUUCCGCACUUGGUUCUAUCAGAGUCUAAGCGUCGAUGUGCCGUUCCUGAUGUUAUUGGACAAGACGACGACCUUGGAGGCGCUGCGCGAUUUGGUGCUUGUGCAGAUGGAAAAAUCAUCUCAGUGA